UCCAUGGCCGCCACAUGUCUGUCCCCUUAUGUGUUGAUAAUGUGAUAGGCGUUCAACGGAUCAAUUAAAUAGUGACUUCUUGUGUCUCUCUCUCACAACGAAUCCCGCGAUCAUCGCCACCAACCAUUGGAUCAGUUAACUAGUGAUACACCUCAGGGACCAAUACGAUGGACAGUGAGCCCCGGGAUACUACCGGCGCCGCCACCGCUACCAACACCAGAGACAACGGCCUAUCCUUCGCGCGCAAGCCGUCCGCUUCCUCCGAGUCCAGCAGCGGAUCCGACUCAUCGACCCUCGACUUCGUGCCAUACGGUCAACGCCCGGAGUGGCAGGACGUGACACCUGUGCCCCAGAAUGACGGCCAGCACCCGGUGGUGGCCAUCGCCUACUCGCAGAGGUUUAGGGAGACCUUCGACUACUUCCGCGCGGUAUUGGCCACGAGUGAGAUGUCUGCGCGCACUCUGGAGCUGACGGAGGACUGCGCGGCACUGAAUCCCUCCAAUUACACCAUUUGGCACUUCAGGCGAUUGAUUCUUCGCGAGUUGGGCGCGGAUUUGUGGCGCGAAUUGGAUUAUAUUAAGUCCGUUAUCGUGGAGAACGCGAAGAACUAUCAGGUCUGGCACCACAGGAAGUGUGUCGUCGAGCAGAUCCGGGCGCAGAUUGGGGACAAAUACCGCGCGAGUGGUGAUAGUGACCUGAUGGCCAAAGAGUUGUCGGAACUGGCGGAGGAGGAGAAGCGGUUCGUGUCGGUGAUGAUCAGACAGGACUCGAAGAACUACCACGGAUGGCAACACCGGCAAUGGGUGAUCAACGAGUUCAAGCGGUUCGCCGGCGAACUCGAGUACACCGAAGAGCUCAUGGAUGACGACAUCCGCAACAACAGCGCCUGGAAUCACAGGUAUUACGUGAUCCGCAACACCACGGGAUUCGUGGCGCCAUUCCUCGACACCGAGAUUCAGUACACGUGCCAUAAGAUAGGGUUGGCGCCCAAUAACGAGAGCGCCUGGAACUACUUACGCGGUAUUAUGGCUGAGAUUGGGCUCAAUGCCAGCGAUGUCGUGAACUCCAUGUGCGACGACUUGAGGAAGAGUCUGGAAACGCAUCGAUCGCCGCAUUUGUUGUCGUUUAUGAUCGACGCCAUCGAUGAGAGUCUUAGUGGACAGACAGUGCCAGUGGACAGCCGUUUGUUGGGUAAGGCGUUGGAGCUCUGCGCGCAACUGUCCACUCGGAUCGAUGUGAUCCGUAAGGAGUACUGGGAUUACAUCGCCCGCGACCUCAACAGUAGGUUCGGUGGUAGCACUCAAUGAGUGGUUAACACUUAAAUCAUAAGUAGAUAAUUACGGAUCAAUUUGUAUACACUUCUUGUCAUUAUAUAGUAAUAUUACAAUCGAUUUACUAUGAAAUUG